UGAGUCACCUAUUUCCACAUUCGAGGCUCAGAAGCUAUAUAAAUUUCUGCAGUCACUAGCAGAAAACACCAAAUCAACCAUAGGUCCAAGAACAAUUGUCUCUGUAUGGCAGCUAUGCGACUCACCGUGCUAUGUGCUGUGUGCCUGCUGCCUGGCAGCCUGGCCCUGCCGCUGCCUCGGGAGGCGGGAGGCAUGAGUGAGCUCCAGUGGAAACAGGCUCAGGACUAUCUCAAGAGAUUUUAUCUCUAUGACUCAGAAACAAAAAAUGCCAACAGUUUAGAAGCCAAACUCAAGGAGAUGGAAAAAUUCUUUGGCCUGCCUAUAACUGGAAUGUUAAACUCCCGCAUCAUAGAAAUAAUGCAGAAGCCCAGAUGUGGAGUGCCAGAUGUUGCAGAAUACUCACUAUUUCCAAAUAGCCCAAAAUGGACUUCCAAAGUAGUUACCUACAGGAUUGUAUCAUAUACUCGAGACUUACCGCAUUUUACAGUGGAUCGAUUAGUGUCAAAGGCUUUAAACAUGUGGGGCAAAGAGAUCCCCCUGCAUUUCAGGAAAGUUGUAUGGGGAACUGCUGACAUCAUGAUUGGCUUUGCACGAGGAGCUCAUGGGGACCCAUACCCAUUUGAUGGGCCAGGAAACACGCUGGCUCAUGCCUUUGCACCUGGGCCAGGUCUUGGAGGAGAUGCUCACUUCGAUGAGGAUGAACGCUGGACGGAUGGUAGCAGUCUAGGAAUUAACUUCCUGUAUGCUGCAACGCAUGAACUUGGCCAUUCUUUGGGUAUGGGACAUUCUUCUGAUCCCAAUGCAGUGAUGUAUCCAACCUAUGGAAACGGAGAUCCCCAAAAUUUUAAACUUUCCCAGGAUGAUAUUAAAGGCAUUCAGAAACUAUAUGGAAAGAGAAGUAAUUCAAGAAAGAAAUAGAAACUUCAAGGAGAACAUCCAUUCAUUCAUUGGAUUUUAUAUCAUUGUUGCACAAUCAGAAUUGCUAAGCACUGUUCUUCCACUCUGCUUAGCAAUUAUGUCACCCUUUUUUAUUGCAGUUGGUUUUUGAAUGUCUUUCACUCCUUUUAAGGAUAAACUCAUUUAUGGCGUGACUGUGUCUUACUCAUCUAUACUAGCAGUGGGUAGAUGUCAAUAAAUGUUAUGUACACAAACAAAUAAAAUGUUUAUUCCGUGGUAAA